AUGCCUGUGGUCGACCCCCAUCACCAACGAAGUCAAGUCUACCUAUCCGCAAUUCGCCUCAUCAUGAUGUACGGAUCGGAGACUUGGGCAGCACCAUCAACGAUUAUGGAGAGGCUUGACUGCACGGAACGAAAGCUGCUUAGAUGGCUACAUGGCUACUUUUGGCUUAGGAGACCGGCAGAUCGCCUUGUUCAACGAGUUCUGAGGAGCUUGUCGGGUUCGAGCUGGAAGAAGCCACCUGGCCGAAAACGAAUAUGGAAUAGCGACGAAUGGAUUGAUUCUGUGCAAGCUCUCGCAGAAGAUCGAGAAGGUUCGGCAGAGCUGUGUACAAGGACGGCACACCUCGGCGAAGAUGCGGGUAAUCGCGUCAGGCGAUGA